AUGGCCAAAUCCAAGAACUCGUCCCAGCACAAUCAGUCUAAGAAGGCUCACCGCAAUGGUAUCAAGAAGCCCAAGACUAUGCGAUACCCGUCUCUGAAGGGUACCGACCCCAAGUUCCGCAGAAACCACAGACAUGCGCUGCACGGCACAAUGAAGGCUCUGAAGGAGAAGAAGGAGGGCAAGCGUGAGGUUGCAUGA